AUCAAAAUUUGCUUGCAACUUAAACAGACAUAGCUGCCAUGGCUAUUCAAAAGUGGCUACUCUUGAUGUUUUUGCAUUUACAUGUUCUCAAUAUUGUAGCGCAGCUGCCUGAUUUACGAUUCGGCACAUGUGGUGAGAAUGGUAACUAUACUGAGAAUAGUACCUACAAGAACAAUCUAAACACACUCCUCACUUCCCUUUCCUCAAAAAUAGAUAACUAUGGUUUCUACAAUGCUUCUAUUGGCCAAAACUCUGAUAGAGCCAGCGUUAUUGUGUUAUGUAGAGGAGAUGUGGAGCUAGACGAUUGUCGCGGUUGUGUCGAUAAUGUUGUUCAAAAGAUUGCACAGUUAUGUCCUAACCAAAAAGAAGUUUUCGGUGGCUAUGAUGAAUGUAUGUUACAGUAUUCGAAUCAAUCCAUUAUAGAUACUCCAUCGUUGUCUGUUCGAUAUUUUCUUUGGAAUCCUGCGAAUGCCUCAAAACCCGAGGAAUUUAACCAGGAGCUAAGAAAAUUAUUGGAAAAUUUACGAGACCGUGCUGCACAGGGUGGUCCUCUUCAAAAAUAUGCUACUGGUAAUACGAUAGGUCCUGAUAUUCAGUCUAUAUAUGCACUUGUGCAGUGUACUCCUGAUUUAUCUCGUCAGAGUUGCUUCAAUUGCUUAACUGACGCUUAUGGAACCUUGCCUCAAUGUCCCUGCCUGGGAAAGAGGGGUGGAAGAAUCAUAGGGGUUAGGUGCAACUUCCGUUAUGAAAGUUCCCGUUUCUUCGAGGAUGUGCCGUUGGAAGCUCCACCACCUGCAGGAAAUGAUAAUAAAACAGUUCCAAUAGGGACGGAAAAUAAAACACCUCCAACUGGGAAGGAUGAUAAAACAACACGAACAAUUAUCAUUAUCAUUGUGUCAACUGUUACAAUUGUUAUUCUUAUGAUUUGUAUUGCUGUCAUCUUGAUAAGGAGGCGAAAGAGGAAGCUGGUGAACGAAAUUCAGAGUACAUCGGUAGAUGAUACUAGUAUUGCAGAAUCUUUUCAAUAUGAUUUUUCGGCAAUUAGAGCAGCAACAGAUGACUUCUCAGAUGCUAAUAAGCUCGGAGAAGGCGGAUUUGGUCCUGUGUACAAGGGUAAGCUUCAAAAUGGACAAGAAGUAGCAGUGAAAAGGUUAUCAGCAGAUUCAGGCCAAGGUGAUCUAGAAUUCAAAAAUGAGGUCUUGUUGGUUGCCAGGCUUCAACACAGGAAUUUGGUUAGGUUGCUGGGAUUUUGCCUAGACGGAACAGAGCGACUUCUUGUCUAUGAGUUUGUUCCCAAUGCAAGUCUUGACCAAUUCUUAUUUGAUUCAGUUAAACGUAGGCAAUUGGAUUGGGAAAGGCGAUCCAAAAUCAUAGGAGGCAUUGCUAAGGGAAUUCUUUAUCUUCAUGAGGAUUCUAGGCUUCGGAUCAUUCACCGUGAUCUCAAGGCUAGUAAUGUUCUACUAGAUGCAGAAAUGAAUCCUAAAAUCUCAGAUUUUGGCAUGGCAAGGCUAUUUGAAUUGGAUGAAACUCAAGGCAGCACAAACAGAAUUGUUGGGACCUAUGGAUAUAUGGCACCAGAGUAUGCAAUGCACGGGCAAUUUUCCGUAAAGUCAGAUGUUUUUAGCUUUGGAGUACUAGUCUUAGAAAUUUUAAGUGGCCAAAAAAACACUUGUUUCAGAAAUGGAGAAUCGGUGGAAGACCUUUUGAGUUUUGCUUGGUUAAGCUGGCGUAAUGGAACAAUUAUAGAUUUUGUAGAUCCAAUGCUGAAGGAAAGCACAGGACUGAUUCGUGACAUAAUGAGAAACAUUCACAUAGCUUUAUUGUGUGUUCAAGAAAGUGUGGCUGAUAGACCAACCAUGGCAGCUGUUGUUCUCAUGCUCAGUAGCUUUUCGUUGAGUCUUCCAAUGCCUUCAGGGCCAGCAUUCUAUAUGCACAGUAAUAUUACCGCAGAGACGUCGCUUAUUAAAGAAUACAACACAAGAAUGACAGACUCUAGUGAUCUAGCCAAAAGUAAAUCUAUUGGUUCAUCACGAAAUGAGGCAUCCAUAUCUGAGUUAUAUCCUCGUUAACAUCCUUAGUAUGAUAACCUUUUUCUCUGAGUUUACUUAUUUUAUGUGUUGGUACCACUUUUAGUGUACGUGUAGUCUAGCUAACAAUAAUUAUUAUAAAGUUUAUAUGUAAUAGUAACACUCUUUUUAAUACAAUGCAUAGUUUUAAAA